AUGUCCAACAUACCCAAUUCUACACCAGUAUUACUUGUCGACGAGCCCGACAAGCACAAAGUUUACACUCGCUAUUUCGUCCACCUUGUCCAUGCACUUGUCGCCAUUUUAUUCGUCGUCAUAGUCAUCAUCACCGCAUUGGUCGACACUGACUUUGUCUUCGCAUUCUAUACCCUUCCUAUCGCCCUCUCAAUCCUCAUCAUCGAGCUCCCUUUCCUACUUCGACGACCUCCAAAGCAAGGUAUCGCGAAGAAGUAUGGACUAUUCUACAACAAAUUCAUUGUGCGGGGAUAUGUCUAUCAAUUGGCUGCUGCGAUUCCCGCUAGCGCCAAAUGGAGAAUUUGUGGCACGUCAAGAGUUAUCGCUUGGAUUAUUUGGGUCAUAGGUUUGAUCAUGGUAUUUAUUGCGGUGGUUGCGAAGCACAGUGAUCUCUUGGAUUGGCUUGAAGAGAACGAUCCACGAGACACUCAGCUCCACGGCACCGAUGAUCUUCACUCCCUUGGAUACGAACCGGUAUCCCUGGAAUAG